AUGGAUCCACAAUCAGGAUAUAAGAGAGCUAAGGCCAUUCUAAAACAGCUCUUUGGACAGUCGCAUGUAAUAGCGCGAGAAACCUUAGAGGACUUAUUUAGAACUGGGAAUGUAGAAUUUAAUGAUCCUGAAUCAUUGACGAACUUGGCUAUUAAAAUGCAGAAUGCUGCUUUAACUUUAGAACAGCUAAAUUGCACAACGGAACUUAACUCUAUGGCUACUUUAGAACGAAUAGUAAGGCUCUUACCUCGUCGAAUGCAAGCCCAGUGGGCAGAGCUAGUAUUCAAGUGGGACGAAGAGGAGAGAGAGCCCAAUUUUAACGAAUUGACGGAAUUUAUUAUGUCUCGUGCUAAGAUAGCUAGUAGUAGGUUUGGAAGAUUAGCUUAUCAGGCUAAAACAGGAAAUAAUACGGAAGCUACUAGUGGUCUGCGUGCGAGACAUUCGGAUUUUUCGUUUCUACCUAAAGCACGCUCGGAAGAUAAGAGAUUUGUCAAUUAUAUCACGAAAGCAUACGCUGAUGAAGGACGAGUAUGUGACCGUAACGAUGUAAAGCCUCUUGAUGCGUGUCCUAGCAAGAAGCCGGUUGGUGUAACAGAUAAGAUGGCUUUUCUAAGUGUAGAAAAGAAAGAAAAAGGCGAAAAGUGUAGGCAUCAAGAUGGAUCCGAAGUGUGUGAUGAUAAAAGCCUCUUAGCUGCUCGAAAAGCCUGGAACGGUUAUUUGGAUUCGAGUAAUCAGAGGUUAAUGAGUUCAGCAAAUAUGAAUAAGCCCAGGCAGGAUUGACUGAACGGAAUAAAGCUUAUUUUCGGAACCCUUCAGUUAGGGUAAAUUAUAUAACUGGACCUAGAGUAGAUUCUAGGAUAAGUGAUGGUGGUACAGUAACGGCUAAGAAGCCUAGGAGACAUGAUGCUACUAUUACUAAGAAGCCUGAACCUCAUGCUCUUUCGGAUGCUACGACUAGCCAUGGAAAUAGUAGCCAUCAGAACCUUAGUAGUGACAGUGAUAAUAAGGAGAUAGAAAGUGUCAGCAGUUCACUUAUAGGGACUAGUUUAUCAACUUCAUCGAAUGAGCCUCCUAGUGUUUCGACGCCAUCGGACCUCGUCACGAAGGUUAAGUUGAUUGAAGAUGCACAAGGUUGUGCAACUGUAACUGUUCCUAUUACGGUUGACUGUCAGUCGAGUGAUGAUGAGAAGAAAGUGUUUGAUGGUAACAGCCAGUCUACAGUGCUGUGUGAUGACGAUGCUAUUGUUGAGCAUAUGUCUUGUGCCGCGGAAACGGAUGCUAAUGCAGAACGGAAUCAUUUAGACGUUGAUAAUAAACUGGAUGUCACUGAUGUGACAAAUGAGUUACCGACGAUGAUGAAUACUGUUCAAACCU